AUGAAACACAUUCAAGAUAUUGACCGACAGGAGAGCCAUGCGGCGCAGGCUGUGUCGGUUGCCUCGACCCCAGUUCCUGACUCUUCACCUAUGUCAGAGUUUUCUGGUACUCCCUCUUUGGAAGUGGUUAGUGCGAGCUUCCGAGGUGAUGCUAAUCGCGUUAAAGCGCUUGUAAAUGUCGGCUCGGGUGUUGCUGGCGCGGACGAAGAUUCUGCGGGCGAACAACCAAGUGACGACUAUUGCAGCAAGACAUAUUUUGGCCAGAAGGAACUCGAUCGUGACAAGGGCAAGCGCAAAGCCACCGAGUCGCCAGAUGCCAGCCCAAACUUCAAACCCGUCGUAAAACGUGCAGCAGCUGUCGCCAGGAAAGAGAAGCGAGCAAUUGUUGGCCUAAGUGAUAAGACUGUACGUCCGCGCCCGCCAGAUAAGCCGCAGUUCGCUCCAAACGAGAAGCUUCGAGAAUGGCAGCGUGUUAGGCAGAACAUCCCAGUCAGUGGCUUGCAAACUCUGAAUCAUCAACAUUCGCACUAUCAUGUUCUAAACGCACCGCCAUUCCGACCAACAAUCAUGACCAAGCGCGUGCAACAAGAUCAAGGACUACCAUUGCCGUCUUUAACUUCGGAUAUACUCCGCUUGACACCCGGCCAGCAAUAUGAUGGUCGCGAUGUCGUGACUGUCGAUCAGGCUCUGAGUCGUUGGCCACAAACGCACAAUAGUGCUGGUCGUAUGCAGUAUAUUGUGGGCCCAGCCGGAGAGGUUUUGAACCAAUCUAUGAUUGAUGGUGACGAGCUGCUUCAGAAAGUACGGCACCAACAAGCACGUAUAGAGGUCUGGGCAGCUCGGUACGACAACGCGUUGCGUGUAAACCAUGUGCCUGCACCACUCAAUACGGCAUUUCCGCCACUGAACGCUCAUCGCACUAGUUUCAAUGACGCACAUCCCCCAGAGUCUCGCCUGAAUCGUUUCCGACCUAUCCAGUCCGCCAAUUUCAAGAUCUUUGAAGACGCUGCUCGCCGGGAUCUCCGAUCAAAAGACUUCGUUGCAAGUGCGCCAGGGUCUCGUAUGCCGUCUCGACAGUCCUCGCCUCAGCCAUCCCAGCAUCUGCGCGCACCGGCACGUCCGCCGCCGCCUGAGCAGUUCCCAGGAAAGGACCCGAUAUCUCAGACUACGAAGGGAUCUGUGGCUCGGGAGCUUACGCAGCCAAUCGCCCUACAACGCUCCACUUCGUUCAUGGCAGACAAGAACGAUGCUGUACUGACGCUUCGCAUUCACAGCAACACGUAUGACAUCAACAGCACUCCCAUCUUUUCUAUCCUCAGAAUCCGCAUGUCACAAAUAUUCGGCCCUCGUCUGGACGCUUAUUGUCAGCAGCGAAGCAAGGAGUACGGCGUGGACUGGGUGUUCAUUUACCGAUACGCCUUAGGCGGACCUGAGAAUGCUCAGCGCGAGCGCUACAUCGAGAUCGACUACAACAUGACUCCAAACGACGUCCAAGAUACCGAGCGUGCCGAAAUCAAGCUCCGAGAUAUGGACACCAUCAUGGUCAUGAAAGCAAAGUCCCGCAUCGCAGCCAUGGUCGAGAGUAGUUGUAAUGGAACUGAAACUCCGCUGUCACCAAUUGGUUCGCAAGUCUCAGAGGAAGUCGUCGAAAUCAUCAACGGCGAGACCCCAAUCUAUCAAAAUGCCGGCACUAUCGCAAACUGGCACCGCCUUGUUGAGUCUAAGAUGAUGGAGCUACGUGGUCAGAUCACCAGCCUCAGCUCAGAGAACCAAGUUCAGAAGGCGAUGAUGGCGCAGCAAACCCAUAUGCUCAAUGAUUUGGUUAAGCGCAACAAUGAGCUGAUGCAGGGCAAGUACGGUUGUGCCGCUGGCCGUAUUGGUCAGAUCCCCCUUUCUGCUGCUCAGUUCGCUGCCACUCUCGGUGCUGGCUUUCAACAUGGUCCAGCAGUUCAGCGUAGCCGUUUCGUAGAUCGCCUAGAGGCUGUGCGCCAACCUACCGAACAUAUGUCAUCACCGAUUCCGAUGCAGCAAUACCGGUUCCCAACCUCUGUUCAUGGCAUGCAGGGUCGUCGACCUAGGUACGAUAGCGGCGCGCGCGAGGCAUUUCCAGACUUCCAGAAGAACGGUGUGCCUACGAUACAGCCUGCACAGUUUGCUGCACACGUAAUGGGCGACAGAAUGGCUUCUCAUGUCCCUGUUCCGCAGCAUAUGCGUCGCGGAGGUGGUGAUGGCGGUGGUGCGAGCGCAUGCAUUGGCAAGGUUGAGGACGUAGAGAUGGAGAGAUAG